AUGCUCGGGUGGGCGGCCUACGACUACACACAGUCCCCGCCAACAUCGCCUCACUACGCCCAAUACGCCUCACAGUACGCCAACGCCUACUCCUCGCCGCGAGGGACCUCGCGACGACACACCCGCAAGGCCAGCUACACGGCCACCUCCAAGGAGCCCGGCUGGUACUCGGCCUUCCCGCAGUCCUACUACGAGGCGACGCCAGACUAUGGUAUCCCAUCGCGCAAGCACGAUCAUGUAAGUGCUUCUUUUGCGGGACCCAAGCACCGUCGCACCCGUACGACUGGACAUCCUGCGGGGGAUGGCCUCGGCACCGGCAUCGGCUUCACAUUUGGUUUCCACCCGUCGCAAUCGCAGCAACAGCCCAUCUUCACCGAUGUGGUUGACGAUGCAUUCGAUAUUCCGCGCCACGCCUCCCACCAGAAGCAGUCGCAGUGGCAGUGGCAGUCGCAGCCGCACCAGCCCCAGCCCCAAUCCCAGCCUCGCCCGAGCCGCCAUGGCCGUCCUCCCGCAGCCGCACCAACCUCGAUGCCCAAGCGAGAUGGCCCAGGCCAGCAUCGUCGGACUGCGUCGACCUCUUACCGCAAAUCGUCAGCCGCUGAUUCUCACUUCUAUUUCACCCAGGCUCCUAACCACGAGGACAUCGAAUCAGCUCGCCGCUCCCAUGCGCGCCGCCAGUCCACCUCCACCCGCACCCCAUCCAAGCCCAAGCCAGCACCCCCGUCUUCAAAGCCGCCACCCACCGCCACCGAAGAGGAUGCCGAGCGCGCCGGCAUCCCGCCUGGCUACUCGACCAAAAACUGGGAUCCAACAGAAGCGCCCAUCAUUCUCCUCGGCAGCGUAUUUGACGCCAACUCGCUCGGCAAGUGGAUCUACGACUGGACGGUCUUCCACCACGGCGCAUCCACUCCCAUGGCCGAUGUGGCCGGCGACCUGUGGCUGCUGCUGAUCAAGCUCGCCGGUAAAGUCAAGCGCGCCGACGAGUGUCUCCCGCGGAUCCAGCGACCCGAGGCGCAAGAUGUCGUGGAAGACUUCCUCGAGAGCGGCGAUCGUCUCUGGAACCGGUUCAAGAAGCUGCUCAAGGCGUGUGAGAUGUUUAUGUGGAAGGCAGCAAAGCGGGAAAGUGGCAAGGGGCCCGUGUCCAUGGGCCGCAAUGCGGGCUGCGAGUUUGUCGACUCGAUCUUCGGCCGCGACCGCGAGCUCGAGAAUACAGAGAAGCUGAUGAAUAGUAUCCGGCUGUGGAAUAUGCGUUUCGACGCCAACUGCGAGGACAUUCUGCGCCGGCCCUCGGCGAAAUAG